CUCACCGCCGCAGUAGCGCCUGGGGCGCGAGUGGCGGCCGAAGGCAGGUGGUAGGGCGUGCGGGCCUGCGGGCACGCGCGCGUGCUGGCAACUGAGGUCCCUCGGGAAGCAGGGGAGCUCCCGACACCGCCCCGCACGCGCCGUCCGGUAGCCGGCGGCGCGCGCGAGGGCGGGGGAGGGGCGUGCGUGUGUGCGCGUGAGUGUGUGUGUGGCUUCGUGCGGAGCGCGAGCCGUCAGUGCCCGGGUACGAGUUCCCUCGCGGUCUUCCACAUCCUCCGUCGGUCCCCGCUCCUUCCCCCACGACCCUCCAGUACCCCCACGGUCGCGAAACGAGCAAGAGCAUUAGGGAGUAGGUGUGGGGGGGCGGGAGGGGUCGCAGCAGACAAAAGGGGCGCGGGGGUCAGCCCGCCAUGGCCUCCCGGAGCCUAGGGGGCCUGAGCGGGAGCCGCGGCGGGGGCGGCGGCGGCGGCGGCAAGAAGAGCCUGAGCGCCCGCAAUGCUGCGGUGGAGAGGAGGAACCUCAUCACGGUGUGCAGGUUUUCUGUGAAGACCCUGAUUGAUCGGUCCUGCUUUGAGACAAUUGAUGAUUCUUCUCCUGAAUUUAACAAUUUUGCAGCUAUUUUGGAACAGAUUCUAAGUCACCGGCUAAAAGAGAUAUCCCAAAGUUGCAGAUGGCUGGCUCAUCUCCAAAUACCUCUUCAAGGUCAAGUAACCUGGUUUGGUUAUGAAAGUCCUCGUAGCUUCUGGGACUAUAUCAGAGUGGCUUGCCGGAAAGUUUCACAGAAUUGUAUCUGCAGCAUUGAAAAUAUGGAAAAUGUCAGUUCCUCUAGAGCUAAGGGUAGAGCCUGGAUCAGAGUAGCACUCAUGGAAAAGCAUUUAUCUGAAUACAUCUCUACAGCUCUGAGAGACUUCAAAACAACCAGGCGAUUUUAUGAAGAUGGAGCAAUUGUCUUGGGUGAGGAAGCAAAUAUGCUUGCUGGCAUGCUGCUUGGACUCAAUGCUAUUGAUUUCAGCUUCUGCCUUAAGGGAGAAGGACUGGAUGGAAACUUUCCUGCGGUAAUAGACUACACACCAUAUUUGAAGUUUACCCAAAGUUCUGACAGCAUCAGCAGUGACGAGGAAGAGCUGAGGACUUUGGGAAGCAGUGGUAGUGAAAGCAGCACUCCAGAGAAUGUCGGGCCUCCUUUCAUCAUGGAUGAGAAUAGUUGGUUCAACAAGUGUAAGAGAGUUAAACAAAAGUAUCAGCUAACCCUGGAACAGAAGGGUUAUCUUGAAGAACUCUUACGACUUCGAGAGAACCAGCUGUCUGAAUCUGUCUCCCAGAAUAAAAUACUACUUCAAAGGAUUGAAGAUUCUGAUCUGGCCCAUAAAUUGGAAAAGGAACAAUUAGAAUAUAUAAUUGUGGAGCUUCAAGAUCAGUUGACUGUGCUAAAGAAUAAUGAUUUAAGAUCAAGACAAGAGUUAACUGCCCACCUCACCAACCAGUGGCCUUCCCCAGGAGCUCUGGAUGUCAAUGCUGUUGCCUUGGAUACGUUGCUUUACCGAAAACACAAUAAACAGUGGUAUGAAAAAAGUUAUCAAAGUCUUGACCAGUUAUCAGCUGAAGUCAGCCUUUCUCAGACGUCACUGGAUCCAGGUCAGUCACAAGAAGGAGAUGGGAAACAAGACACAUUAAAUUUAAUCAGCGAAGGUAAAGAAGACACUCCCUCAUUACUCGGUCUCUGUGGCUCUCUAACAUCAGUGGCGAGUUACAAAUCUCUAACAAGUCUCAAAUCUAAUGACUACCUUGCAAGUCCCACAACAGAGAUGACGAGUCCAGGCCUAACUCCAUCCUGAAAAAUUUUAUGUCAAAGCCAGAAGUUUUUAUGUUGCAAAUGUUCUAUUUACAUAAGUUUGACUGCUGGGAAAACCUUUGGGAUUUUAUAUUGUUCGGGCACAUGUCUGGAAUUCUAUUGCUUCAAUUAGAGAAUUCAGUCCACUCCAUGUGCCCUUCUGAGUGAAAAUGAUCCUGCCAUUUUAAGAUUCUUAUAUUUGUCACUGAGGAAGUUUAAAAAUAAAUAGGCUUAAAAAACUUUCAAAUAUCCUCUAAAUUAAUAGUCCAUUGCAAAUUGUGAUGUAUAUUUAUUAUUCAGCUGAUUUUCAUGUAUUUAAAUGUACCAUAAUUGCCAGAGGCUGAAUUCAAGGUUUUAUUCCAGAGACAUAAGCUAAGUAUUUUCUUUUACUCUUUUAUUCAGUGAUUAUUUUCUAAAAAUGACAAUUUCAUUUUUCAUUCAUUUCUUCCUAGGUUCUGAUGUUUAAAUGCCUUGUUUUUCACAGAAGGAGGCGGUUCUCAGCUGGUUUCAUAGUGGCUUACUCAGUUUUUCUUUAACAGUUAUCAUUUGGUACAACAUUCCAUUAACAUUUUAUAAAUUUUGUAGGAAUAUGUCUUUAGGCCAUUACUAAAUUUGUCAGGGUCAUAGGGAAAGUAUUUUACACCAUUUUGGUAAAAUGAAUAAAUUGU